CGCGUCGGGGCACCCCGAGGCAUCCUCCCCCUCCCGCCAGCGCGGGAGCCGCGGCUCCGGUCCGCCCUCCCGCAUCCUCUCGCAGUCCGCACCGCCGCGCCUCCUCCCUGGGCUUCGGACCCUCGGCCUCGCCCCUGAAACAUGACUCGCGACUUCAAACCUGGGGACCUCAUCUUCGCCAAGAUGAAAGGUUAUCCUCAUUGGCCAGCUCGAGUAGAUGAAGUUCCUGAUGGAGCUGUAAAACCACCCACAAACAAACUACCGAUUUUCUUUUUUGGAACUCAUGAGACUGCUUUUUUAGGCCCAAAGGACAUAUUUCCUUACUCAGAAAAUAAGGAAAAGUACGGCAAACCAAAUAAGCGAAAAGGCUUUAAUGAAGGUUUAUGGGAGAUAGAUAACAAUCCGAAAGUGAAAUUUUCAAGUCAACAGGCAUCAGCUAAACAGUCAAAUGCGUCAUCUGAUGUUGAAGUUGAAGAAAAAGAAACAAGUGUUUCAAAGGAAGAUACUGACCAUGAAGAAAAAGCCAGCAAUGAGGAUGUGACUAAAGCAAUUGACAUAACCACUCCAAAAGCUGCCAGAAGAGGGAGGAAGAGAAAGGCAGAAAAACAAGUAGAAACUGAGGAGGCUGGAGUAGUGACUACGGCAACAGCAUCUGCUAAUCUAAAAGUGAGUCCUAAAAGAGGACGACCUGCAGCUACAGAGGUCAAGAUUCCAAAACCAAGAGGCAGACCCAAAAUGGUAAAACAGCCUUGUCCUUCAGAGAGUGACAUGAUAACUGAAGACGACAAAAGCAAGAAAAAGGGGCAAGAGGAAAAACAACCUAAAAAACAGCUUAAAAAGGAUGAAGAGGGCCAGAAGGAAGAAGAAAAGCCAAGAAAAGAGCCAGAUAAAAAAGAGGGGAAAAAGGAAGUUGAAUCAAAAAGGAAAAAUUUAGCCAAAACAGGGGUUACAUCAACCUCUGAUUCUGAAGAAGAAGGAGAUGAUCAAGAAGGUGAAAAGAAGAGAAAAGGUGGAAGAAACUUUCAGACUGCUCAUAGAAGGAAUAUGCUCAAAGGACAACAUGAGAAAGAAGCUGCAGAUAGAAAACGCAAGCAAGAAGAACAAAUGGAAACUGAGCAGCAGAAUAAAGAUGAAGGAAAGAAGCCAGAAGUUAAGAAAGUGGAGAAGAAGCGAGAAACAUCAAUGGAUUCUCGACUUCAAAGGAUACAUGCUGAAAUUAAAAAUUCACUCAAAAUUGAUAAUCUUGAUGUCAACAGAUGUAUUGAGGCCUUGGAUGAACUGGCUUCACUUCAGGUCACAAUGCAACAAGCUCAAAAACACACAGAGAUGAUUACAACACUGAAAAAAAUACGGCGAUUCAAAGUUAGUCAGGUUAUCAUGGAAAAGUCUACAAUGUUGUAUAACAAGUUUAAGAACAUGUUUUUGGUUGGUGAAGGAGAUUCUGUGAUCACACAAGUGCUGAACAAAUCUCUUGCCGAACAAAGACAGCAUGAGGAAGCAAAUAAAACCAAAGAUCAAGGGAAGAAAGGGCCAAACAAAAAGCUAGAAAAGGAACAAACAGGUUCAAAGACUCUAAAUGGAGGAUCGGAUGCUCAAGACAGUAAUCAACCACAACACAAUGGAGACAGCAAUGAAGAAAGCAAAGACAACCACGAGGCCAGCAGUAAGAAAAAGAUUUGGAACCAAGCAUCCUUUCUAAUUUUGAUACCAGGGAAAUCUUUCUCUUCUGAAGAUUUAUAAUAGGCCAUCCAGUGAAGAGAGAGAGACUGAGAUAUCUCUGAAGGAUUCUACACUAGAUAACUAGGUUGACAUACCUGGAAUAUAAAGAACAUUUGAGAAGUUUGUAAUGGUUUUCAUUUGAAAUAUUUAGACUGCUGAAAGUUUUAAAUUUUUAUAAACAUAGGUUUUGAUGUUUAAAACUUGUUUUGAGGGAGAAAUCUCCUGAUCUUUGUUUAAAAGUGACUAAACAUU